AUGGCGACUCUGCUCGUCUCCCAUUCAAUGACUUUUACAAACCCAUCGUUACAGGUGACCAAAAACCACACUCUCGAAUUGAAUGAGACCGCAGUAAAUCGUCCUCAACCCGGACAGGUACUUUUACAUGUACGCGCCACAGGAAUAUGUGGAUCUGAUAUCCAUUUUUGGAAAACGGGUGCAAUUGGUGAGCUUAAGGUCUUGGGAAAUUGUACCUUGGGCCACGAAGCGGCAGGAGAGGUGAUUGAAGUGGGAGAAAAUGUCACCAAUGUUGCAGCCGGUGAUAGAGUAGCCAUUGAGCCUGGAGUUCCAUGCGGAAAUUGCUUUCUUUGCUCCCAGGGAGACUAUAAUUUGUGUGAGCAGGUCCAGUUCAUUGGCGUGUAUCCUUAUCAUGGCUCAAUGCAGAGAUUUUUGGUUCAUGAUGCUCGGUAUGUGCACAAGCUUCCUGAUAAUAUGUCUUAUGAGAAAGGUGCAUUGGUGGAACCUGCUUCUGUUGCUUACCAUGCCAUUGAAAGAGCUCAGCUUCGGCUUGGUGGAGGAGUGCUUGUUGCUGGAGCUGGCCCAAUUGGACUUUUCACGUUAUUAUUGGCAAAGGCAUCUGGUUGUACUCCAUUAUGCAUUACUGAUAUUUCUCAAGACAGACUCGACUUUGCCAAGAAAUUGGUUCCAGAGUUAAAGACGUACCGUAUCAACCCCAAGUUGACCCCACAAGAAACUGGAUUGGAAAUUAAAAAGCAAUUUGGUCCUACAGAAUAUCAUGCUCCACAUGUUUCUCUCGAAUGUACUGGAGUGGAAUCAAGUAUCAAUUGUUGUGCCUAUGCUACCAGAAGAUCUGGUACACUUAUGGUUGUGGGAGUAGGAAAGGACGAAAUAAAGAUUCCUUUCAUGACUUUGUCGCUUGCUGAAGUGGAUGUCAAAUUUAUCAAUCGUUACCACCAUAGUUGGGCUCCUGUUAUCAAGUUGAUAAGUGAAGGUAUUAUCAAGGUAGAGCCCUUGGUUACUCAUCGGUUUCCAUUGGAACAAGCCAAGGCCGCUCUUGAAUGCUCACAAGAUCCUACAUCGGGUAGUAUCAAGGUGAUGAUAGUGGAUACAGAAUGA